AUGGACGUGGGCGCUGGGGAGUUCGAGCAGAUUCUGCCGCUGCUGCAGAAGUUGGUUCUCGGAGCUGAUUUCGUGGGUCUGGACAUUGAGUUCACCGGCCUGCGCUCCAGCAUGUCCGGACCCCAGCAGAUCAGUCUGUUUGACCUGCCAUCCGAGUGGUAUCUAAAGACCCGGCAGAGUGUCCAGCAAUUUACCAUCUGUCAGAUUGGGUUGUCUCUGUUUUCCAGCAUCAAAGGAAAUCCCAACAAAUACGUCUCCCAUUCGUGUAACUUCUUUCUCUUCCCUACAACGUUUGGGAUUUUGGAUUCAGAAUUCUCUUUCCAGGCAUCUAGUGUUGAGUUUUUGAAUCAGUAUGGCUUUGACUAUAACAAGUUUCUCAAGAAUGGCAUCCCAUAUAUGAAUGAGGACCAAGAGAAGAAAAUUAAGCACAGUAUCCUGAGUGGGAACUGGAAAGUCCGCAGUUCUUUGAACAAAGACCAGAUCAAGGUGGUGAUUGAUGAGGUGACCCGGUGGCUGGGCCUGGCAGAAGAUGGCGAUUGCAUGACUCUCCCUGGCAUCACUGGGUUCCAGGCCUUUGAGGUCCAGUUAGUGCUGCAGCAAGCCCUCCCCAACAUCUGGACGGCGCUCAAGGGCCAAGCAGUGAUAGUGAAGAAAGUGAGUCUGCAGCACCGCUGGUGUCUGGAGAACAGCCCUUGUGAGCGAGAGAACUGUUGGAAGGAGAAGAUUCUUCUGUCUGCAAAGGGGUUUUCAGUCUUUUUCCAGAUGCUGGUGAAAGCCCAGAAGCCCUUAGUGGGACAUAACAUGAUGGUGGAUCUGCUGCACCUUCACGAGAAGUUCUUCAGGCCUCUUCCAGAAAGCUAUGAUCAGUUUAAGCAGAACAUCCACCACCUAUUUCCUGUUAUCAUUGACACCAAGAAUGUGACGAAGGCUGUCUGGAAGGAACUGAAUUUUCCAAGGGUUUCAAAUCUUUCAGAAGUUUAUGAAGUCCUUAACAGUGACUUGAAUCCCACUAGGCGGUCUGGACCUGUGAUUGUUCACGCCAGCAGAUGUAGAAAGUACGUUGAGACCAAGUGCCCGCAUGAAGCAGCUUAUGAUGCCUUCCUCUGUGGGUCAGUUCUUUUGAAAGUGGCUCACUUGCUCCUCCUGAGAGCUCACGGCAGCGAUUCCACACCAGUGCCCACCUUCUCCCACUACCUGGAUGUGCUGGCCCCUUAUGUCAACCAAGUGAAUCUUAUUCGAGCUGGGGUCCCUAAAGUCAACUUUUCCGGUCCAGAUUAUCCCAGUGUCCGACCACCCAUCCUCAUCCUCAGUGUCAAGAGGUGGCCGGGGGUCAGUGAGCAGCAGAUCUACCACGAGUUCCAGAACCUCUGCAAGUUUGACGUCAGACGCCUCACUAGGAGCCAGUUUCUGCUUCUUACCAACAAGUUUAAAGAUGCGCGGAAUAUCUUAAAGGAUUACCGACAUCACCCUGACCUGCAGGUGUCCCUGUAUCGGUACUGGAGACAUUCGCCAGACGUCAGCUGCGUGCUGCACGUCUGUGGCAUAAUCACCACGUGGGCCCUGGUGGCCUUUCUGCUCGGAAGACCCAGAGCCUGA